AAAUACCGAGGCCCGUUCUAGCAAUGCUACUACUCCAGGCAGACGGGAUGACGAGGAUGAUCAAGAGAUUGACUCACUGGACAACCCAGGACUUGGUGCCCAAAGUGGGCGGGGAGGCAUGUCCUCGUUCCUGUUCAUGACAGUUAUGCUCUUCAUGCUUACGAAUAAUGGUGGAGAAGACCUCGUCGUGCGAAGCCAAUACCGGGAAAGCUUGAAGAACCUACGUUUCCAGCAAUCGAAUUUCAGUGCAUGGCUUUGGUCAGGAGGCAAUGUUGCAGUGAAUGAUUCAGCAGCAAUCAACUUUACACUCCCAGAGACGGAUGAAACCAGUGUACAGCUUGCGCGUUCCGUGAUGAGUUUCGGUGUGCCUUUGCAUCCUGCUUCGGCGUCUUACUACUCGAACAUUACUGGACUCGUGCACGGACCUAUUGAAAUGCAUAAUCUAACUGCGAAUCUCUCAACGUCCUCUGUGCCUCCUGGUAACUCUUAUUCUUCGGAUCCUCAGGUGCUGGAAGAAUCCAUUCCGCCCCCCUGGGUAGACCUCGCCUCUGCAUUUACAAAAGACAUUAACAUGACGGAGGCGCUCGAACUCGCUGGCACAUGGAACUGGAGCGCGCCAAUGGAAAUGGCGUUUCGUGUGAUUGAGAAGCGGCCAGUUCUUCGAUUGGGCGGGAAAGGUGAUGUUCAAAGGAUGAAUGAAUCGGUCUGGUCGGAUAUAAGCUUGAUGCACGGGAGAGUAGAGCUUUCCGAUCGUAAGACUGGAGAUGAAAUCGGUUUUGAUUUAGAAGCCGUUCACUUCACUGAAAAUGGAACGAUUUACGGACUUGCGGAACCAUCAGGCCGACACGUCGACGUACGGGAAAUCCCUUAUCUCGUUCCCGCUGAGUUUUUGAACGCGACCGCUCAAGCGGUAAAUGCUGAGUUACUUGCUCGUAUUCAGCGACUGCAGGACAUGAUUGAUUCCGGUAACAUUGAAAUCGAGACUCAAACGUCUGAGGAUGCGCCGAAAACGACCUGCCCAUUCAUAAUUUAUGCGCAGCUCAUUCCAACGGCUGUGGCAAAAGCCUCGAUGCAGGAGCUUGAAGACGAGAUGGAGAACCCCACUGGCAUCACAACUGUGUCAAGACCUGAGCUAAGGAUGAAUGCAGUAAUGAUGAGCAAAAAAUGUGGUAUCUUGCUCGAGAUGCGAUCUGCAGAGGGCUUGAAAUCUCAGCGCUUCUGGCGGAAGGCCACAACAUACUCUGCGUUGGCUGCUUUGGUUUAUCUCGCUCUGCUUUUGCUCUUUGUGAAGCAGACGGAGGUAAGCCAGACCCCGUCGGGUAUCUCCCGUGUUUCGCGAUGGGCAUUCCUCACGCAAGCAGCUGCGGAUUCUAUCUCAUUUGUUGGACACAUUACGUUCGGAAUCUUUGCGGACGGUAGACCAUCACUCUCGCUCAUCGCACCAGCUUUCCUUGCAGCAGUAUUGUUGGCCUAUGAAGCUCAAUUCUCGGUCCUUAUACAUCAGAUCCAGCAACCCGAGGAUAACACACCGACCCAGCCUCCACCAACUGCCACUGUUACACCUCUAAUGGAGCAACCUGCGCCGUCAAGCACAUCACCGAUGUCUUCCUUAACAACUACUCCUCCCAAUGAACCCUCCGCUUCUCCUUUAGUCCAGCAGACUAAUCGACCAGCACUCGUGACUACACCUCCAGCUCUGGCCACUACUAGAGGAUUCUUAGCUACUGUCUGGAGAAGGCUAAGAGAAAGUCCUCAAGCGCGUUUCUGGUUGUCAAUGUUCCUAGCUCUUGCACUCUUCGUCCGCGUGCUUGUUUCUCCAUCGCUCGCGCUAUUCACUAUUGCUGGAAUUUAUAGUAACUUCUGGAUUCCUCAAAUAGUACGCUCGGCACGUCGUGGAACGACCUCUGGAUUGCGACCCGGAUAUCUUAUUGGGACAACGGCAUGCAGAGCAUACUUUGCAUUAUACCUAUUUGCAUGCCCGAAGAAUGUCUUGGGGAUUGAUACAUCUCCUUGGAUUUUUGCUUUGGUGGGGUUCAUGUUUUUCCAAGUUAUCAUAGUCAUGCUUCAAGAUUAUCUCGGACCCGGAUUUUUCCUCCCGCGGACUUACACACCGAUUAUACAAUACGACUACCACCCUUACAUCCCUCUCCCAGAUGAAGAAGCACCCGAACCAUCACUCGGCGACUGUGCUAUUUGUAUGGAGGCUAUAAUCGUAUCGCCGGGAGCACAAUCACGCCGACGAUCGUUAUCCGAGAAGGCAGCCUCCGGUCACAGGAGAAGUAGUAGCGUAAAAGAGAGAGAAAGGGAAAAGGAGCGAGAACGAGGGAUGCGAGGUAUUUUGGAUAGGAUUGAAGUUGCCACUGGGCGGAAUAAUGGUGUUAGUGUUGGGCUUGGAGGUAGUGGGGCUAGACGGAGCUAUGCACUUGCUCCUUGUCAUCAUUUAUUCCAUACAGCAUGUCUAGAACGGUGGUUGGCUAUCAAGAACAUAUGUCCUCAGUGCCGUCGACCACUUCCUCCGUUGUAGUGUAGAGAUUGAUUCCACAGAAGGAGUUUCGGUAUUAUUGCACGCACGCACAUUUACACAAUACCUCUCUGCUAGCGCCCGUGGAUCUACACCUAUGUCAUAUUUUUUU